CGUCAUCGUGAAGGCCACACACUGGAGGUAAACGCUGCCUGUGUGUUCAGCUCAGCCAGUGCGCUGCUCGAAAAUUUCCACAACACAGGCUCUUUGCAGGGAGAGAGCGGCGGCACAAGAACGAACGGCCGCUUCGUGCAGUGAUGCGGCACCUCACGCCAAAGAAGCCCUGAUCGCGCAGCAGGACGCGACCCGGCUGUCGGAUUCCUGGAGAGAAAACAGUGAUGUUGCAUGACAUGCCUCGAAAUAAAUUCUGGUGUCUGUAGCGUGACAGGUGAUGCCUGAGCUGAACAUGUACUGUAAGAAUGAUUGAAGACUGCGGGCGGAGCAGCGACAACAUGGCAGAUAGAAGGCAACUGUUUGUCGAGAUGAGGGCUCAGGACUUGGAUUCAAUACGAUUAUCAACAUACAGAACAGCCUGCAAGCUCAGAUUUGUGCAGAAAAAAUGCAACUUGCAUCUGGUUGACAUUUGGAAUGUUAUCGAGGCUUUUCGAGAGAACGGCCUCAACACCAUGGACCUCAACGCCGAGCUCUCUGUGGCUCGUCUAGAAAUGGUACUGUCCACCAUUUUUUACCAGCUGAACAAACGCAUGCCCACCACCCACCAGAUCAACGUGGAGCAGUCCAUCAGCCUGCUGCUCAACUUCCUGCUGGCUGCCUAUGACCCGGAGGGCCAUGGCAAGAUGACUGUCUUUGUUGUGAAGAUGGCCCUAGCAACCAUCUGCGGUGGGAAAAUUCUGGAUAAAUUAAGAUAUAUUUUUUCACUGAUCUCGGAUUCGGCUGGAAUAAUGGUGUACUCGCAGUUUGACCAGUUUCUGAGGGAGGUUCUCAAAUUACCCAUGGCGGUUUUCGAGGGACCUUCUUUCGGCUACACAGAGCAAGCGGCGAGAACCUGCUUCGCUCAGCAGAAAAAGGUCUCCCUCAACACAUUCCUCGAUACGUUGAUGUCAGACCCGCCCCCUCAGUGUCUGGUGUGGUUGCCGCUCAUGCAUCGGCUCGCCAACGUGGAGAACGUCUUUCACCCGGUCGAGUGCUCCUACUGCCAUACUGAGAGUAUGAUGGGCUUCCGCUACCGCUGCCAGCAAUGUCAUAAUUACCAGCUCUGUCAGGACUGCUUCUGGAGGGGGCAUGCCAGUGGUUCCCAUAGCAACCAGCACCAAAUGAAGGAGUAUACGUCAUGGAAAUCCCCCGCUAAGAAGUUAUCCCAUGCACUCAGUAAGUCACUGAGCUGUGCGUCCAGCAGAGAGCCUCUUCACCCCAUGUUUCUCGAGACGCCAGAGAAACCUCUCAACCUAGCUCAUAUUGUGCCACCAAGACCAGUGAACAUCACCAAUGACUACUCACUCUCUCACUCCAUGCCUACAUCAGGGAACCCUUACUCCACCAAAAACAAGAAUAAUGAUGUUGAGCAAAGAAAGCCCUUGACUGGGGCCGCUCCUCAUCUGUUGAAAGGGAGAGGGUUGAACUACAACCUCGAUGUUGCCGAUAGACUUGCUGACGAACAUGUUCUCAUUGGCCUCUAUGUGAAUCUGCUCCAAAACAACCCCAAAACAUGUUUGCUGGAGAGCAGUAACCAUCAAGAUGAAGAGCACAGUCUCAUCGCCCGCUAUGCUGCUAGACUGGCUGCUGAUGCUGCGGCUCAACAGCAGAGGGUCCCCACAGACCUCCCCUGCUCUCUGGAUGCCAACAAACAGCAGAGGCAGCUCAUUGCUGAGCUCGAGAGCAAAAACAGAGAAAUCCUGCAGGAAAUCCAGCGGCUGCGCCUUCAGCAUGAGGAGGCCUCCCAGCCGCCUCCUGACAAAGGUCAGCACAACCCCACUCUGCUGGCCGAGCUUCGACUUCUCAGGCAACGCAAAGAUGAGCUUGAACAAAGAAUGUCUACUCUGCAGGAGAGUCGCAGGGAACUCAUGGUGCAGCUGGAGCAGCUAAUGAUGCUUCUCAAGUUGGAGGAGGAACGGAAACAAGCCACUCAGGGUCCCGGCUCCCCACGCUCUUCCCCCAGCCACACCAUCAGCCGGCCAAUCCCCACACCGAUCCACUCGGACUCUGCCGGCACGACCCCGACUCACACACCUCAGGACUCACUCAUGGGCGUGGGAGGGGAUGUUCAGGAGGCCUUCGCACAGGGUCCGAGGAGAAAUUUGAGAAAUGACCUACUCAUUGCUGCUGACUCCAUCACCAACACAAUGUCAUCACUGGUUAAGGAACUCAAUUCAGAGGGUGGAAGUGAGACUGAGAGCACUGUGGAUUCAGACUUUGGACGUGGUGACCUGUUGGCCACGACCUCCUCAGAUCCCUUCUUCACCUAUAAACCAAGGAGCGCUGCAGAGGAGGAGAGCUUUGAGAACGAUCUGGAGCAGCAGCUGGAGGACGAGCUCAAGUUGGAGGAGCUAAUGAAGCACAGGCAGGAACCAGAAAAAACAUGCAUGGUGAACAAUAUGAAAAGCAACAAUAGUUGGAGACACUGGACAGGACAGCACUGGGCUGAUGGUACACAGCACUGAAGAUAUGAAGAAUUCAAGUUGGAAAAAAAAAAACUUGCUAAAUCCAACCAUAGAAUACAUUUAUGUAAAGAUAUAUAUUUUUAACCUACCACAUAUUUAAGGUAAUACUGUGAGCUGAUGUAAAGAGAUUAAUUACUGAGCUGUCUAUUAUACCACAGGUGCCAUAAAAACCACAUGAUUUUGGGAUUUUUUUUCUUAAUUUUUAUCCUUUUUAUAUGAGUUGUUUAGCGAAAUGUACAACGACGCCGUUCGUUCAGGGUGGAAAACCUGAUUCCUUCAAAUUGUCAUGUUUCUGAAUACAGUGAACCAGGUUUAAGGGUUUGUUUGUCAUCUGAUUUAUGUUUGAAACUUGAGAUUAUGUUGGAAGUUAGAGAUAAAAUUUGCAGUCUUUUGUAAAUGUGUAACUCUGGCCUGGUUACUAUGAACAGAUUUGAUCACUUUUCCAUAGAUUUCUUACAGUUGCUGUCGAGUGGCUUUUGUAUUGUUUUUUGACUUGUUUUUUUUUUUUUUUUGGGAGCAGGCCCGACUGCUGUUGAUCAGAUAAGUUUGUUUUAUUUGAUACAUUAGUUGUAAUAAUGCACACUGCCUUAGCUGAUUGGAUGACCUCUAAGAGGAGUUCAUUCAAACUGUCAAUGCAGCAUGUAGCUAACAACAAAACACACCUGUUCAGCAGCAAUGCUAGUUGACUUCACUGGAAAUAAUGAGGUUGAACUCAUUUAAUCUGAUGCUGGGAAGUGAUUUCGUCUGCAGAGAGACUUGGUCUGCAAAUAUGUACACUGUCUACAUAGAAGUGGUCAAUUAAAUAUGUUAGGUGGAUUGAAAGUGUUUUAAAAAGAUGUAACACAGAGACUUCCAAAUCGCUCAAACGCAAAGGUUUACACUGGUAAGGGCAUUGAACAAAUUGUGUUUACUAUCAAUGGUUUAUGAAUUAAGGUUCGAUCAUAGAUCAUUUGCCAUUGUUUCAUUUAGCGCCGAUGCUUUCACUCAAAUCUGUGCAUGACUUGCACACCAAAAUACACACUCCUGAUGUAUUUUCUGAGUGUGCGUGAAACUUUACUCAGUCACUUUGGAGAGAAGUGGCAAGCCAAUCUAAAAUCAUAAAUGUGUGAAAUAUAUCUAGUUUGAUUUUUGAGCAAGUUCAUAGCAGUGAUUUUGCAUGGUGGUGAUGCAUAAUAAAGUGUUGACACAAUAUCACAA